CUGCCGCCGCCCGGACCCGCCGCCGCCAACAAUGGCAGCGCCGCCGGCCACCACGGGGUCCCCGGCGGGGCCGCCGCCGCCGCCCUGGCCGCCCCCGAGCUGGGCAGCGGCCUGAAGAAGAAGAAGCGGCUGUCGCAGUCGGACGAGGACGUCAUCCGGCUCAUCGGGCAGCACCUGAAUGGCCUGGGGCUCAACCAGACUGUUGAUCUCCUCAUGCAAGAGUCAGGAUGUCGUUUAGAACAUCCUUCUGCCACCAAAUUCCGAAAUCAUGUCAUGGAAGGAGACUGGGAUAAGGCAGAAAAUGACCUGAAUGAACUAAAGCCUUUAGUGCAUUCUCCUCAUGCUAUUGUGAGGAUGAAGUUUUUGCUGCUGCAGCAGAAGUAUCUGGAAUACCUGGAGGAUGGCAAGGUCCUGGAGGCACUUCAGGUUCUUCGCUGUGAGCUGACGCCCCUGAAGUACAACACAGAGCGCAUCCACGUUCUUAGUGGGUAUCUGAUGUGUAGCCAUGCAGAAGACCUGCGAGCAAAAGCAGAAUGGGAAGGCAAAGGGACAGCUUCCCGAUCAAAACUAUUGGACAAACUCCAGACCUAUUUACCACCGUCAGUGAUGCUUCCCCCACGGCGUUUACAGACUCUCCUGCGGCAGGCGGUGGAACUGCAAAGGGACCGGUGCCUGUAUCACAAUACCAAACUCGACAACAACCUAGACUCUGUGUCUCUGCUUAUUGAUCAUGUUUGUAGUAGGAGGCAGUUCCCCUGUUACACUCAGCAGAUACUCACGGAGCAUUGUAAUGAAGUGUGGUUCUGUAAAUUUUCUAACGAUGGCACUAAACUAGCAACAGGUUCAAAAGACACAACAGUUAUCAUAUGGCAAGUUGAUCCGGAUACACACCUGCUAAAACUGCUUAAAACAUUAGAAGGACAUGCGUAUGGUGUUUCUUACAUUGCAUGGAGUCCAGACGACAACUAUCUCGUUGCUUGUGGCCCAGAUGACUGCUCGGAGCUUUGGCUUUGGAAUGUACAAACGGGAGAACUACGGACGAAAAUGAGCCAGUCUCAUGAGGACAGUUUAACAAGUGUGGCUUGGAAUCCUGACGGGAAACGCUUUGUGACAGGCGGUCAGCGUGGGCAGUUCUAUCAGUGUGACCUGGAUGGAAACCUCCUGGACUCCUGGGAAGGAGUGCGUGUGCAGUGCCUGUGGUGCCUGAGCGACGGCAAGACAGUCCUGGCGUCGGACACGCACCAGCGGAUUCGGGGGUACAACUUCGAGGACCUUACAGACAGGAACAUAGUACAAGAAGAUCAUCCUAUUAUGUCUUUUACCAUUUCAAAAAAUGGCCGAUUAGCUUUGUUAAAUGUAGCAACUCAGGGAGUUCAUUUAUGGGACUUGCAAGACAGAGUUUUAGUAAGAAAGUAUCAAGGUGUUACACAAGGGUUUUAUACGAUUCAUUCAUGCUUUGGAGGCCAUAAUGAAGACUUCAUCGCGAGUGGAAGUGAAGAUCACAAGGUUUACAUCUGGCACAAACGUAGUGAACUGCCAAUCGCGGAGCUGACAGGGCACACGCGCACGGUGAACUGCGUGAGCUGGAACCCACAGAUCCCGUUCAUGAUGGCCAGUGCUUCCGACGAUGGCACUGUCAGGAUAUGGGGGCCAGCCCCCUUUCUAGACCACCAGAAUGUCGAAGAGGAAUGCAGUAGCAUGGAUAGUUGAUGGCGAAUUGGAGCCUACGACUUCUGUUUAACUUAAAAUUAGUCGUAUUUUAAUGGCUUGGGAUUUGGUGCAAACAAACAUGAUUGAUAGCUGGACAGACAUGCUCGUCAUGAAAAAAGAACCAUUUCUGAAGCCCGACUGGGGCCAAACAUCACCUUGCUUCAUAGUAACCAGUUGAGAUGAAGCGCGUCGUAGAGCGUUGUUGGACACCAUGUUGAAUAACCCAUCGGUCGUGAAGAACUGUGUGCUACAUCCAGGCUUACCCACGGAACUCAGUAUAUAUAUUUUUUUCCCUCCUGCCUUUUGUCUGGCAGGCUACCAUUCUUGUUGCUCUUCUGUGUAAUGAAGUUUAAAUGCUUGUUUGGAAAACUUUAUUUAACAGUUUAGAAGGCUUGAUAGAAAGAGUGCAUUAGUCUGAAGAGUAUACAUUGGAUAGGAAAGAAUUUCCUCCUUUUGUUUCUCCAAAUCUUUCCGCCUUACUUAGCUUGAGAUCUUUGCAGCUUGGUUCAUGGAUUCUAGCCUUGCCCGUUGCGCAGUAUAUACUGAUGCAGAUGACAAACCAGUGAACUAUGUCAAAAGCACUCUCAAUAUUACAUUUGACAAAAAGUUUUGUACUUUUCACAUAGCUUGUUGCCCCGUAAAAGGGUUAACAGCACAAUUUUUUAAAAAUAAAUUAAGAAGUAUUUAUAGGAUUAAAGUGACUUCAUUUGUAUACAUUUGGAAUCUAAACCAGCUUUAAAACAGUUCCCUCUACAACUUAGAUGUGCAGUAUAUCUGAUGCUCUCCUGGAAUUCCACAGUCAGAGACAGUGCUUAGAAGGGCAGAACAGGAAAUUCAUAGUCACCCUUUGAAGAUUCCCCCUUUUGUUUCCUCUCCAAUGGGACCUCUGUAUCUGAUGCUGAAAUUCAUGCUCCAAAAAGAGAAUUUUAAAUGUACUAACAUGAGAGAUCAGUAGUUUAGGUUUUCAAAAAGCUUGUCUGGGGCUGGGGAUUCAGCUCAGUGGUUCCACCACCUGCCUUGCAAGCACAAGGUCCUGAGUUCGAUCCCUGGUACCACAAAAAAAAACACAAAAAUUCGUCUCAAGUUGUUCUCACCUUGGAAAGUCAUUCUGAUGUGAUCUAGCAAAAGAGUAGAAAUCAGAUACAGAAGUUCAUAGCUUACUUAAUUGAGAUUGUUAAAAGAAUUCAGGAGCUUACAAACAUAUUUAAUGUGGGAUUAAAAACCUCCUAGUCCUUUCCGACAAUUGCCCUUAAUAUUUUGACAUACAGAGAUACGUGAAUUUGAAGAAUAUUCCUCAGUUUUUUAGAUGUUGCCAUACUGAGCCUCAUUCUCCACUGGUGCUGUGUGUGGGUAGUCUCCCUCGCUGGUCUCCUUCAUGGAAAAGAACUUUUGAAUUUUGAGAAUUUCAAAUUUAAAUAAGCCAAAAGCCUGAUGUGCACAUUGUGUUUUUAAGCCCCAUGACAGCUGAGUGCAGUACAGUCUCCCUUGAAACCCUGCCUGCUCUUCAGUAGGAGACACCUAGGGUGGCUGCAGCUGUCUUAUUGGGAAGAGGAGUGGGGAUGCCCCACAGUAAAUUCUGCCCAAGGGCUCUGUACUCGGUUCCCCUCAAAGCCUGGCCAAGUCUGCCGUAUGACAUGACUGCUCCUCCAGGUCCCACGGAGGAGGGAAGGCUUGGGUCCGGGUUGGGUGACAGGGAAGGAUUGGUAGCAAGGAGAAGAGGGGAGUCAGGGAGUCAAGGAAGGAAAACACAUUUGGCCUUAAAAUAGUGGGCAUUCUCGCAAAAGCCCAUAGUAGGAGAAAAUGACGAAUCGUGGUCAGAUUAUUUUACCAAGUUGGCAUAUAAAAUAUUACUUUAAACUCCAUUUUGCAGAGACCACCACUUAGAGAAUCAAUCCCUCUUUUGAUACUUCUAAGUUAACUAUAUGUUACCGUUUAUUUGGUACUUAAGUUUUCUUGACUAAAAUUAAUUUUUACUUUAAGCUUGAAUAAAAGUCUUCAUUGGUAACUAUACAGUUAAGUGGCAACUUCUCUUUACCUCAGUACAGUUAGAACCAUUGAUUCCUGUGUGCCCUGAAGCCGUUAAUACCCCUACCCUGUCCUCCAAAAACCACAAGGAUGCAGGCGCGGGCUCCACAGCCGGUAGCACGUGGUUGCAGGGUGCUCUGGCACAUCUUAAUACUCGCCAAGAUCUGUGCCCAUCCAGGGCAGGGCAGCUUGGCGCUCGGAUUCUUCUGCACCCAGCCCCCACAGACCUGAGGUUUCACAGUGCUUCUGAAGUACAGUAAUGAACACUGGAAAAGAGUGGAGUAAAGUGAGGCACAUCUGUAAGAACAUAAUUCCUGUGGAAGUGGAGUGACUACUAUGCAAAGGUUUCCAUAGCAGCUAGGUGAGUUUGCUCUAGGUCUGUCUAACCCUAACGGGCAGCUUCCUGUACACGGGUGCUUUGCUGUGCCAAUUUGCUGUAAACAUCUGUUUCCUUUGUUUGCCGUGCAGUGACUGCUAGAAAGGUGGAAGAAAUGAAGUAACCUAGGAUUUUAUAAUGUAAUAACCCGAUGGCAGGAUUUUCUAACCCAUAGAAAUUUGCGGAAAAUGUACAGUAAUGCUAUAGACAAUGGUAGCUUUAAGAGUGAGAAUACUAUCGAGCCAGCCACAAGAUAGUAACAAAUGUCAAAAUUGAAAAGUACCAAUACUUUUUGCACGUAGAUCAAGAUAGAGUGGAGAAUUUUUGGCUCCAAAAAAUCAGGUUAGUAGGCUCAUUUCCAUGUGCUUAAAAAAUGUUUUUGUUACUAUGUAUUAAGGGCUAGAGCAAGAAUGAAAUGAAAUGUCUUUUUCCUCCAAAUAAUUAGUUCCUCAUGGUCAAAUGUUAGAUUUGGGGAUUACUGAGAUGGCUGUCGGGUGGUGGUAAAGGGUUAGAAUGGGAGUUGGGAGGGGUGAAAGCUUCUGUUUCGUUUUCUGUACUUUAUUAGUAUUGAUGCCAGCUGCAUUUCUGUUGCUCUUACUGGCCACAUAAAUGUGUUAUAUUAAUGCAGGUAAGUAGUUGAGCAGAAGAAAUUUUAUUUACCACUGCCCCCGUAAAUUGACCCAUUUUAUCGGGUGGGAGAACAAAAAAGGGGAUACCUUACCUUUAAGAUACCCCGCUAAUUGGAAGGAGAAAAACCCCCACAGUUUGCCAAUAUUAGUCUGAAAACACAAGUAGUAGCAGGUGAGUUCUAAUUAGGCGUAUUCUGCCUCUGGAGCGGCAUUCGUUCCAUGCCAUUGAUAGAAAACCCUCUGUCCACCCCUCCCCGCCUUGGAAUUUUCUUUUCUAGGACGUUGCCUCCUGCAAGCCAGCCCGAGCCUGGCUCCCUGUGGGUCACUCGCACAUCUGCAGGCCAAGGGUCCCUAUCUCUCUUUCUUUCACAGCAGAAGAAGGCUGCUUUUCAAUGGGGAGGAAAGAAGACAUUUGUCUUAAUAUCCUUUUUGUCCCAUCUCGAAAAUGUAUACAUAUUUUGGGUUAAUUUCUCAUUUAGAUUUUAGCAACUCUAAUUUUGGGUUGCUCUCCAGAACAUUACAUUUUAGAAACCAUAUCUGAUUUAAUAUAUAAACUGCUAACUUUAUGAGAGGAGGUGAAAUUGAAUUUACACUUAGACACUUUCUAAAAACAGGGUGAACUUAAAAUUUUUCAGUGUUGUUAAGCUAUUGUUAUAGUAGCUGCCCUAUAGUUGAAAAAGCAAAAACUAAAAACCUAGCCCUUAUCUACCUAAUCCAGAUAGCCUGGAUUUAACAAAGCUAAUGGUAUAAAAAUGUGUGUAUGAAUGUUGUGUGUGUGUGGGAGAGAGAGUACUUGAUUCAUAAAAAGUCCUUGCAACAGCUGUUCCGGGUUCUUGUCAAUCUUCCUCAGUCUUGUGCACAAUGUGAAGUGCCCUUGAGUUUAAGGUUUGGUUAACACUGACAUAUUUUUAUAAGACUGAAUUGUGCCCCCGUCUUUAACUUCAAACAUUGUCAGGGUCAUUGUGCUAGAUCUGAAUCAUCACAUUUGUAGGCGCAGAUGGAAAAAGUGUUAUUGGCUCCUUGAAAGUGUGUUUGGGGGAGGGAACAGCUCACAGAAGCAUGUAGGGACUUACAAACCAAGCUGUAGAGAUCAAGAGGAGAACAGAGUAUCUGUCGAUCUCAAGAUUUCUGAAUUGUCACGAUUUACAUGGCAUUGUGGUGGAACUAGUUAACACUUAGAGCUUUUGGUAUAUAAUUACUAUUUACUAUGGACUGAUUAAAUGUUUCAAAGGAUUGUGUUCUUAAAUUUUGGGUUGUUUUUUUUUAACUGCCUCAGAUUAUAUUUAGUAGUUUAAAUUUCUUCACUUUAUUAUUUCAUUAAAGUAUAAAAAUUUCAGGUCUCUGAUAUUUAUUUUCACUUGUUCUAAUUAUUUACAAAACACCCUUUUGACUUUUAUAAAUAUGUAGCAUAUUACAUUGUCUCUACAAUUUUUGUUCAAUUGAAACUACAUUAACUUUGAUUUGCCUUACUGAGAUUUUUUUUUUUUUAAAUAAGCUUUUUCCAUGUCAGUGACCAGCACUUAACCAGUCAUUCAUAUUCCUUUUCUUUCAGUCCAAUAAACAGAAUGAAUAACUGA